GUUUUUAUCAACGCGACUAAAUCCACGGCAGGUAACGUUUGAGGGAGCAAGAAAAAGGAAAAAAGGGACAGGGGCGGAGAGUUAUGGCGUCCUCUAGCAGUCUCUUAUAUGAAGAGCAGCUGCAGUGCUCCAUCUGUCUGGAUGUGUUCACCGAUCCAGUCUCUACUCCAUGUGGACACAACUUCUGUAAGAUCUGUCUGAACCAGUUCUGGGACAAACGUUCACAUUACCAGUGUCCAAUGUGCACAGCGGAUUUCCCCAAAAGACCUGAGCUGCGUGUAAAUACUUUUAUUUCUGAACUGAGUGCUCAGUUUAAAAUGUCAGUUCAAGUGAAACCCAGCAGCACUGCAGAUCAACCUUCGUACCUAAAACCUAACGGGGUUCUCUGUGACACCUGCACUAAGGAAAAGCUUGAGGCUCUAAGGUCCUGUCUGGACUGUGGGGUUUCUUUAUGUAUUACUCAUCUGCUGCCCCAUAAAACUACACCUAAAUUAAAAAAACACAAACUAAUUGACCCUGUGGAGAACCUGGAGGACUACAUCUGCCAGAAACAUGAGCGACCCCUGGAGGUGUUCUGUAGAGACGACCAGAUGCGUUUGUGCCAGUUCUGUAUUUUGGGAGACCACAAGAAUCACAACACUGUUCCUAUAGAGGAGGAAAGUCAAGAGAAGAAGAGUCACCUUGUGGAGACACAGAAACAUGUUCAGAAGAUGAUCCAGAACCGACAGGAAAAGAUUGAGGAGCUCAAACAGUCUACAGAACUCAAUAAAAAACACACAGACAAGGAAAAAACAGAAAGCAUGAAGAUGUUCAGUGCUCUGAUGCGCUGUAUUGAACGAAGCCAGGCCGACCUGCUUAAGGUGAUGGAAGAAAAGCAGAAAACAACAGAGAGGCAAGCAGAACAGUUCAUUAGAGAGCUGGAGGAGGAAGUUCUUGAACUAAAAAAGAAAAACAAUGAAAUGGAGCAGCUCUUACAUACACAGGAUCACCUCAAGUUCCUACAGAUUUACCCGUUUCUGCAUGGACCUCUACACAACAAAAAUUGGAAUGAUGUCAGAAAUAAUUCUCGUCUGAAUGUGGAGACACUGAGGAGAACCCUGCGUCAGCUUCAGGAGUCUCUGAAUGAGGAGAUCAAAAGACUUCCAGAGAUCGAACUGAAGAUAUUUCAACAAUAUGCAGUGGAAGUGACUCUGGAUCCUGAUACAGCAAAUUCUAAACUUAUCCUGUCUAAUAACAGGAAGCAAGUGAGAUGUGGCAACAAAGGACAGAAUGUUCCUGAUAACCCAGAGAGGUUUAAGCGUUGUAUCAAUGUUCUGGGAAAGGAGGGAUUCUCCUCAGGGAGAUUUUACUAUGAUGUGCAGGUCAGAGGGAAAACAGCUUGGGAUUUAGGAGUGGUCCAAAAGUCCAUUAACAGGAAGGGGGAAAUUACAUACAGUCCAAAGAAUGGAUACUGGAUUAUGAUGCUGAGAAAUAAGUCUGAAUAUAAGGCUUGUGAAUCUCCACUCAUCCCCCUUACACUGAAACAGGCUCCUCAGAAGGUGGGGGUCUUUGUGGAUUAUGAGGAAGGUUUGGUCUCAUUCUAUGAUGUUGAGGCCAAGUCUCAUAUUUACACUUUCACUGGUCAGACUUUCACUGAGAAACUCUAUCCAUUCUUCGGCCCUUGUCUUACUGGAGGUAAAAACUCAGCACCGCUGAUCAUCACAUCUAUUGAACAUUAUCUUUCCACAGAAACCGACUUUACACAAUAAGAAUUAAACCUAUAUACUCUGAAAUUACACAACUGCUUUUAAGGUUAGAAGAUAAGGUUUGAUUUUUUUUUUUUCUUUUCUCUGAUGUAUAAAAGUAAAAAAAAAAAUUUCAGUCAAAAAUCAGUCAAUCAAAAUCGUCUGUAAGGACUAUAGGAAAUCUAUCGACACAAUAUUUUAAUUGUUACAACUGUUACAAUUUGAUUGUUACAAUGUGAUCUAUUUGGGUUUCUGUUGUUGGCUGUUCUCUGAAAUACGCUUUAAUCUGUUUAGAGUUAACAUGAGAGAAAGGCAAAUAUUGUCUAUGGAGAGUAAUAAACGUGGUGAAAUCUUUUGUAUUGAAAAAAUCAAAAUAUAAAAGCAUAGUAAGACCCUCUUGCAAAUAAUUAUGGAAAAGCUUUGAUUCAGUCAUGUAGCCUUUACAUAUUUAAUAACCAUCGUCAUCUUUAAAACGUACUAC